GCUUCAUUUAGAUUAAUGCGAAACAACGACGUUUCGUUGUCUAGACUGCAUGGGGGAAGCGCCGGGUGCGCAUUGGGUACAGGCUGAUCGACGACGUGCAGGUACUGUGGCGUGUUAGAUGAAUUGUCCGUCUUCCGCUACAUGUGGGUAAUUGUCCUAGGGCUAACGCAUACAUGUUUCCCCGUACUGCGUGGCGGAUGCGCAGGGAGGGACCGAGGUGGGCUUGGUGGAUGCAUAUUGUUCGUAAUGAGAAGGAGGGAGUGGAGAUCGCUAAUCUUGCGAGCAAUAUCUGUAUAGGGCCGAGGGAAUUUGGAGGUUUGGUAUAAGUAGUCUGGGACCCUCGACUUGGUUGAGAUAUCCAGCAACCUACGUUCUUUUACAGUCCAAGUCCAGUUACAGUCUCGAUAUACCGAUUUCACCAUGAAGAUUUCUCUCGUCACCAUCUUGUCCGCCGCCGCGCUGGUCCAGGCUGCGCCUUUUGCUGAGCCAGAGGCUCUUCUCGAUGAGCGCCAGGCCGCUCAGAGCAUCGAUGCUGCCAUGAAGGCAAAGGGCCGAAAGUACUUCGGUACCUGCGCUGACCCAGGCCGUCUCAACCAAGGAAAGAACGCCGCUAUCAUCAAGGCGAACUUCGGUGCCAUUACACCUGAGAACUCCAUGAAGUGGGAUGCCACCGAGCCCUCGCGUGGAAACUUCAACUUCGGCAACGCCGACCAGACUGCCAAGUUCGCAAAGGACAACGGCAAGCUCAUCCGUGGACACACCACCGUCUGGUACUCUCAGCUGCCCGCCUGGGUCUCGCAGAUCAAUGACAAGGCCACCUUGACCACCGUCAUGAAGAACCACAUCACCACCCUGAUGAACCGCUACAAGGGCCAGGUCUACGCCUGGGAUGUCGUCAACGAGAUCUUCGAGGAGAACGGUAGCCUCCGCUCCAGCGUCUUCUACAACGUCCUCGGUGAGGACUUCGUCCGAAUUGCUUUCGAGACAGCCAAGGCCGCCGAUCCGGCUGCUAAGCGUUACAUCAACGACUACAACCUGGACCAAGCGUCCUACUCCAAGACCCAGGGUAUGGUCCGCAACGUCAAGAAGUGGAUCGCCGCCGGUGUCCCCAUCGACGGUAUCGGUUCGCAGGGUCACAUCACAUCCGGCCAGGGUGCCAACGCCCCCGCUGCCAUGGCCGCGCUUUGCGGAGCUGCCCCCGAGUGCGCCAUGACCGAGGUUGACAUCCAGAACGCCCAGACGUCCGACUGGCAGAACGUCGUCAAGGCUUGCUUGGACCAGAAGAACUGCGUUGGUAUCACCGUCUGGGGUAUCCGUGACAACGACUCCUGGAGGCCCAACGGCAACCCCCUUCUCUUCGACUCCAACUACAACGCUAAGACAGCUUACAACACUGUCCUUGCUGCUAUCAACAAGUAA